UAAAAGUUCUGAUAACGUUAUCAAUCAAUUUUCUUGAAUUUUUCGAAAUAAAACGCCGUAUUUCAUCUUAUUUAAAAUAUAUUCUACGUUACUUUUUCUUUCUUCAGACCUUUUUCCACUAUCUGAGCAGUACACUAAAAUGUCAGAGUAACUUUUUCUUUAAAAAAUGUACAUUGCGAACGAACGUAUUACUCCAAAUACUCUUUAACCCGGUUCGAUUUUUAAAGCACUUAGAGCUCAAUUCAGAUCAUAUUCUUUCAUCAUGAUCCUUAAAAAUAUUUCUAAACUAUACCCCUUGAUUCAAACCCACGUCUGCAGAACGAAAAACAUACGAUUCCUAUCGCAAUCCAUUCAUCUACGAGGUCUCGAGAACUUGAAACCGGACCACGAGAAGACUGACUCCACCAGCAACGAAUCAUCGAAGGAUCCAAAGCCUCAUGAAUACCAUCAAAUGCGUUUAAAUAAGAUCGAAGAAUGGAAAAACAAUGGUUUAAAUCCGUAUCCUCAUAAAUACGAAACCACUCACACGUUGCAAGAUAUCAUCGCCAAGUACGAUAACAUUGUACCUGGUCAGAAAAUACCUCAUGAUAAAGUUCGCGUUGCUGGUCGUAUAACUACUUACCGAAUCCAAUCGAAGAAGCUGAUCUUUUACGAUAUACACGGAGAUGGUGUAAAAAUCCAGAUCAUGAUGGAUGCCAGAUUAUACUCGUCAGUAGAGGAAUUCAAAACAGAUGCUGAUAGAUUCAAACGAGGCGAUAUCGUCGGAGUCGAAGGCAUACCUGCGAAAACCAAGAUGGGAGAAUUAUCCGUCAUUCCGAACAAGAUCACAUUACUGGCGCCUUGUCUGCAUGGUUUACCUAAUCAGUAUUACGGUAUAGCAGAAAAAAAACCACGAUACCGUCAAAGGUAUUUAGAUUUGAUGAUCAACGAUGAAACUGUAUUGAAAUUCAUCAUUCGUGCUCAGAUAACUUCGUACAUUCGUAAAUACUUAGACUCGUUGGGUUUUCUCGAGGUAGAAACACCCAUUAUGAGUAAAUCUGUCGGCGGAGCUUCUGCCAAACCGUUCGUUACUCAUCAUAAUGAUUUGCAUCAAGAUUUAUUUAUGAGAGUAUCGCCCGAACUGUAUCAUAAAAUGCUAAUAAUCGGCGGUAUCAACAAAAUAUACGAAAUCGGCCGCCAGUUUCGAAACGAAGGAGCAGAUACGAACCAUAAUCCGGAAUUUACCACCUGCGAAUUCUACAUGGCUUACGCCGAUUACAACGAUCUCAUGAAAAUGACCGAAGACUUACUUUCAGGAAUGGUGAAAAGUAUACACGGUUCUUACCAAGUGCCUUAUCAUGUGGGUAGUAGAUUGAAUAACGAAUUAGUAACGAUUGAUUUCACGCCACCGUUUAAGAAAGUUCGAAUGUUACCUGCUUUGGAAGAAGCGUUAAAUGUGAAAUUACCCAAAGCUGCGGAUUUAGAAACGCCCGAAGCUAAUCAGUUCCUCAAAGAGUUGUGUACACAGCACGAGGUAGAUUGUCCAGAGCCGCAGACUACGUCCAGAUUACUAGAUAAAUUGGUGGAGAAGUUCAUCGUUCAAAAAUGCGUGAAUCCUACGUUUAUUUGCGACUACCCUCAAAUUAUGUCCCCUUUAGCUAAAUGGCACCGUUCAGAACCAGGUUUAACCGAACGUUUCGAAUUGAUGAUCAUGAAACGUGAAAUAUGUAACGCGUAUACCGAACUAAAUGAUCCUAUUUUACAAAGGCAGUGUUUUCAGCAACAGGCCAAGGACAAACAAGCUGGAGACACCGAAGCUCAGACUAUCGACGAAGAGUUCUGUACUGCUUUAGAGUACGGUUUACCUCCUACAGCCGGAUGGGGCAUUGGUAUCGAUAGAUUAGCCAUGUUUUUAAGUGAUUCGAAUAAUAUUAAGGAAGUUAUAUUUUUCCCUCUCGUUGAGCCGGAAGCUGAAAGAAAAAAUGUUGAGAAUUCUUCGAAAAAUGAUGAAUCUGAAUCUGAAUCUGAACAGAUUUCGUGACGAUGUGAUUGAUAUCAAUGUUUAUUAUUAUGAAAACGAUUACAAGUCUGUGAAGAAUUGUUUUAAAAAAUAAUUUAUCGAUCCGGUUGAUUUGUAUCAUUUUAUAUCGUAAAAGUUUGAGUUGAAAAGUCGUCUUCGAUGCACAAUUAUGGCAUUUUGUUUCAAAUAUUUCAAUUAGAAAUCAGAGAAGAAUAUAAAUUUUGUUGUCAUUCUG